AUGCACAACGUCAGCGUUAAUUUGGAAAGCCGUCGGGAAUGUAUACCACGAGCCGGAAAGGACACCCCUUAUUGUGUUUGCAACGCAACGGUUUGUGACGAUUUAGAGGCCGUAACCAAAGCCCCGAAGGGAACGGUAUUACUGUUUGAGACCAACAAACGCGGGGAACGACUCAAACAAUCGACGCUUAAAAUACAGUCCAAACAAAAUGUUGAUAGCGAGACCAACAACGAGACCAUUAUAUUGACUAUCGAUAAGACCGUAAAAUACCAGAAAAUUAUAGGCUUUGGGGGCGCCUUCACAGACGCCGCCGGAGUCAGCCUUAAUAGUCUGCCCAAACAAAUGGCCACAAAUAUAAUCCGGGACUAUUACUCUACAAAUGGCAUCGAGUAUAAUAUGGGUCGUGUGCCUAUAGGUGGCGCCGAUUUUUCCCCA